AUGGACCAAAUCCCGGGCGCACCACCAGUGCUUAAAGGACCGGACUCAAAGAAGUAUACUCAGUUGCCAUACAAACCGAGCGUGGCACCAGAAUUAAUCCUGAAGCGGUUUAAAAUACCCGACGUGCCAAAGUAUGAUGGAACUUCAGACCCUAAGGAGCAUAUAACCACCUAUACGACGGCGGUAAAGGUAAAUGAUCCAGCUCCUCACGAGAUUGAAUCUGUUUUGCUGAAGAAAUUUGGAGAAACUCUCACAAGGGGAGGCUUGACGUGGUAUUCACUAUUACCCGAGCAUUCCAUAGAUUCCUUUGAGAUGCUCACAAAUUCUUUUAUUAAGGCUCAUGCCGGGGACAGAAAGGUGCAAGCCCGAAAGGCCGACAUAUUUAGAAUUGCACAGGGAGAAUUUGAGUUGCUACGAGAAUUCGUUACACGAUUCCAAAAGGAGAGGGUGUUGCUCCCAGCUGUUCCAGACGAAUGGGCGGCUGAAGCAUUCACCAAGGGACUGAACCCGAGAAGUUCAUACGCUUCCCGAAAAUUGAAGGAAAGCUUGCUUGAGUUCCACGCAACUACUUGGGCGGAUGUACACAACUGGUACGAGUCAAAGAUAAGUAUCGAAGAUGAUCAGGUCGGAUUCCCGACCCCGGCCAAGGGACGGGAGAAGAAUAAAGAAAAAUCAAAAGACGACUUUGACACAGACAGACGGUCUUCGAGGGGCUGA